AUGGCUAACCAGACCCCCGAUUCCUGGGAGGAUGAACUCUCCAGGCAAACGGAAGGCGUGAACCUGAACAACGCACAAUCACGCCCCCAGGCUCAAGCUCCAUCUUUCCACCCCGGCGUUGCCUCGUUCCAGCCCGGAGCAGCGGCUUUCGUACCUGGACAGCAGUUUCAACAAUACGGUGGCUUCCCGCAGUAUGGUCAGUACGGUCAGCAACAAGCCUACGGCGGAUACGACCAACAGGCCUACGGCCAGCAACCUGGCGGUUACAACCAGAUUUAUAACCAGGGCUACGGUGGCUAUCAACAACAACAGCAAUUCGCUCAGCAGCCUCGCCAGGCCGCUCCCGCUCAAUCUGCACCAAAACCCGCUGCCGCAAACACGACCGUCCCCAAGGCCAAGGUUUUGAGUAUCGGUGGUGCCAGCAAUUCCCCCGCAGCUCCGAAAACGAAAGUCCUCUCUAUUGGUACCCCCGCACCGGCAUCAAACACCCCCUCCUCCGACUCAGGAUCUCUUGGCGAAUCCAAGGGCCCCGCGGCUGUUGAGGCUGCUUCUAAGGUAACAGCCACCAAGGCCAUCGAUAAGACAGAAAAGAAGGCGGAACAAAAGGCAGCUGCUGGUGGAAAAUCAUCUCCCACUCCGUCAGGGCGGGGCAGCCCUGGCCGGUCGAGUCCCUCCCGAGGCGAGAGUGCCAAGGAGAAGCGUGAUGCAAACGCUGUCGCGAUGGAACAAGCUGCUGAUGUUGAUGAGCAAACGUUGAAGGAAAUUUAUGGUGAAAAGAAGGAACACGUGAACAUUGUAUUCAUUGGCCACGUCGAUGCUGGAAAAUCCACUCUUGGUGGCUCUAUUCUUUACGUUACCGGAAUGGUUGACGAGCGAACACUGGAAAAAUACAAGAGGGACGCGAAGGAAGCAGGUCGAGAGACCUGGUAUCUCUCUUGGGCUCUGGAUCUGACCAAUGAAGAACGAUCCAAGGGAAAGACUGUCGAGGUGGGCCGCGCUCACUUCAAGGUCGAUGUCCCAACGCCCGAUGGUGUUGUCGAAAGACGCUUCUCUAUUCUCGACGCCCCUGGCCACAAGUCCUAUGUACACCAUAUGAUUGGCGGAGCUUCCCAGGCUGAUGUCGGUGUUCUCGUGAUCUCUGCGCGAAAGGGUGAAUACGAAACUGGUUUCGAAAAGGGCGGCCAAACCCGAGAACAUGCUCUCCUAGCAAGGAAUACUGGUGUGAGGAAGCUGGUCGUUGCAGUCAACAAGAUGGAUGACCAAACAGUUGAAUGGAGCAAGGCACGUUUUGAAGAGUGCACGGUCAAGGUUUCGAAAUUCUUGGAAGCUCUUGGCUACAAGAAGGAUGAUCUUACUUUCAUGCCUAUUUCCGCCCAGCGAACUCUGGGCAUUAAGGAUCGUAUUCCUAGUGACCUUUGCCCUUGGUACAGCGGCCCUUCGCUCAUCGAAUACCUCACAGACAUGAAGAUGCCCGAGCGUAACCUCAACGCACCUUUCAUGAUGCCAAUCAGCGCCAAAUACCGAGAUAUGGGCACUAUGAUUGAGGGUCGUAUUGAAGCCGGUGUCGUCAAGAAGAACCAAAACUGCAUCAUCAUGCCUAACCGCACAAAGAUCGAAAUUACAGCUCUCUAUGGUGAGACCGAAGAUGAGAUUCCGACGGCCACUUGUGGUGACCAAGUACGUAUGCGUCUUCGGGGUGUCGAAGAAGAAGAUCUCCUUCCUGGUUUCGUGAUGUGCUCGCCAAAGCGUCCAGUCCACUGUGUCUCUGCCUUUGAGGCUAAAAUCAGGAUUCUCGAUCUCAAGAGUAUUCUCACGGCUGGUUUCAACUGCGUUAUGCACGUACACUCAGCUGUAGAAGAAGUAACCGUUGCAGCUCUGCUGCAUAAGCUCGAACCCGGCACUGGACGAAAGAGCAAACGUCCCCCACCAUUCGCUAGCAAAGGUCAAAUGAUUAUUGCACGCAUUGAAAUCACCAGCGCUGCGGGUGCCGUUUGUGUUGAACGAUUCGAAGACUAUAGUCAAAUGGGACGGUUCACACUCCGCGAUCAGGGACAAACCAUUGCCAUUGGUAUGAUUAACAAGCUCAUUGAUAACUAA